AUGGAUAACCUUUUCGAUAUCAAUGUCAACCUAAUUGUUAUUGUCGCAUCGAUUAGUACGGUUACGAUCACGAUUGCAAGUUAUGUAGCGUUAAGAUUAAUGCUGGAAAAGCCGCCUGCACGAUUUCAUGUUCAAGUACCAUCUGAAGCAAAACCAGACUGGAAAGCAACCAGAACCGUCUCUAAUCCUUCGAUCAGGGAUCCCAAUGAUCCCACAGUUAUAAUUUGUUACGAUCCGGCAACUGGAAAAUACUUGUCCACCGUUAAAGCUCAUACCGCAAUCGAUGUUACCGAAGCACUUUUACGAGCGCGAACUGCACAGAAAUCGUGGGGACAGACGUCGUUUGCUGAGCGGAAAAGAGUAUUAAACAGUCUAUUGAACUAUGUUAUUGAGCAUCAGGAAGAAAUAUGUUGGGAUUGGAUUGCUCAAAUGAAAUGGUAUUCCGGUUUAGUGGUCGAUGCGAUGCUUGGUGAAAUUUUGUCAACAUGCGAGCGUAUUCGAUGGACCAUAAAGAAUGGUGAAAAGGCACUUGCAACCGAAUUCUUUGAGCCUGGGCCAUUACUUCCAUACAAGAUUGCUAAAGUCGAAUAUCAACCUCUCGGCGUCGUUGCAGCUUUGGUCUCUUGGAAUUAUCCAUUCCACAAUUUGUUUGGCCAAAUAAUCAGUGCGCUCUUUGCUGGUAAUGGAAUAUUAGUGAAAGCAUCUGAACAAGUCGCUUGGUCUGUAGACUACUUUAGUAGGAUUAUGAAAACGUGUUUAAAGGCGUGUGGUCAUGAUCCAGAGAUUGUUCAAUUUCUGUGCGGCUAUGCAGACUGUGGUGAAGCGAUUGUUCGCAGCGGCGUUGAUGGCAUCACGUUUGUCGGUUCUCCUCAGGUAGGGAAACAAGUGAUGAAAGCGGCCUCUGAUACGCUCACACCAUGUAUUCUUGAACUCGGCGGGAAGGACGCGGCCAUAUUAAGAGAGGAUGCAAACUUGGAUCAGGCUAUUCCUAUUAUAAUGCGUGGUACCUUUCAAAAUACAGGACAGAACUGUGUUGGAAUAGAACGAGUGUUGGUGCACGAGAAAUUAUAUGAUGAGUUUGUGAGGAGAGUUAAAGAAAAGAUGACUACUGACGAGUUACGGGUUGGAUGUUCGCUUGAAGAGGGAGAAGGAAAAAUUGAUGUUGGAGCCCUCACCAUGAGUGGACAGGCCUCCCGUUUAGAAAAUUUAAUCAAAGACUCGGUCUCUCAAGGCGCAAAACUAGUUGUUGGAGGCAAAUCAUACAUACAUCCGAUUUACCCUUCAGGACAAUACUUUACUCCAACUCUCCUCGUUGAUGUGACUCCGUCUAUGCCAAUUUCUCAGCAUGAAGUUUUUGCACCGAUAAUGACGGUAAUGAAAUUUCAAACUGAUGAAGAAGCCAUCGAGAUGUGCAACGGCUGUCCAUACGGACUUGGUAAUUCCGUAUUUACUCAAGAUCAGGCAAAGGGAAACGAGAUGGCCAAACGAUUGAAAAGCGGAAUGGUGAAUGUAAAUGAUUUUGCAGUCUCGUAUAUAUGUAAUCUACCAUUUGGUGGAGUUGGUAUUUCUGGAUUUGGAAGAUUUGGCGGGAGAGAGGGACUUCGUGCUUUGUGUCUCGCUAAAUCGGUCACUAUGGAUCGAUUCCCGUCGCUAGUCAAGACCACCAUACCAACCGUCGUUGACUAUCCAAUGCAUGCAAGGGGAACAACGUUUGUCGAGAAUUUGGUCAGUCAUCGUAAUAUACCCGUCAAAUAUACUUGGCAGUCGCUAGCAAACACUCGAACAUUACUGAAUACAUUCCCACAGAUGGAAAAUGAUGGAAACGCCACGAGCGCUGGCAACACAUCUACAGAGUUAAAUUCAAGAUACGCCAACGGACAUCAUCGGAGAAGCAGAGUCCCGACACCCUUAAAACAUCAAGAUGGACCUCUUGAAUCACGCAAACUAGCCAAUAAAGACGUCAAAGAUUUCAAACGACAACAACCUUCCAAAAACACCAGACGAUCAGCACAGAAAAUUCCGGGCCCCAAAUCACCCGCGCCAUGCCCACCUCUUCGAGUUCUUCAGAUGGCCCAGGCAUGGGACGGUACCGGCCCACAUCCAUUUCCGUCAGGUAGUUCUCGCGAGCGACUCUUUCGAGCUGCAAAUGAUUUUACUCAAGGAAUGGUGAUUGCUCGUAGAAUAUUUACUAGAAUAGUUAAUGAGUCAGGAUCUGUUUCCUUGAACGUGAGUACGGGAGGAUUGGCCAAGAUUACUUCUGCUCUGCUAUGCGAUAAGCGAUCGUUUUACUUUGGUUCAUGGGAUGAUGCAAAGAAUUUAGCAAAGGCUAUUCAAGGAGAUACUAUGAUGAAGGGCGCGAUAGGAAUGUCUGUGCCCGUUGAUGAAGCAAUAAGGAUUAUGAAAAAGAUGCUGAUUCGUGAAGGCUGGAAUGUUGUAAAAGUUGUGUUUGAAGCUACCGUAAUGGCUUCGAUUACACUUGGUUAUCUUAAAGUCUGGCAUGACUGCAAAAGAGGCCAAGAAACGCUAAACGGCAUAGCUCUAAUCCGUCGUGCACUUUCUUUGAUAAAGUAUGGCUGGCUCCAACUCGAUCCGCACGAAAAGAACUAUCGCGUUCGUGGCAACACAUUCAAACCAAGCUUUGAACGCUCAUGCCGUGUAUUGCUUGUUGAUGCCAUCCUUUGCGGUUAUAGCAACUCAUUGGAUAAUACGCUCUUUCCCCUAACGGAUGCAUUGGCUGAAGCAGAAAAGAUUCUAGAAAAUUGCCAAAACGCGUGCAACAAUGAAGUGUUGAGCGAAGGAUUUCAAAUGUCCGCUUAUUACAAAGCCCAUUUGGCUGCUGCUUAUCGGACUAAAGCUAUUGUCGCUUACCACAAAGCAAACGAGGCAAAGAUUGAUGAGGAAGAGAGAAUAAUAUUGUUCGAUGUGGCAAUUCAAAAUUAUGCUCUUGCCGCACAAUACUUACCGUGCGAUGAUCUUGAUAAAGCCAUGCACUUGUGGGUUAUAUCAGAAUCGCUAUUCAAACGCGGUGGUACAACUAUUAUUGAAAUCAAGCGGAUAGUCGAAGAGGCUAUCGCCUGUGAGAAAGCUGCGUCUUCUGUCUUUGGAGACUUGGGUGUCUAUACACCUAAACUGUACACGAUGCGUUGCUUCAAAAAUAUAAUAACACAAGGUCAGUCAUGCAACGAUGAUACAAUUCUCCCGUCCAACUGGGAUGAGCCUAAUUGGUUAGAAGACAAGGAUUUCGGACGAUUUGUUAUAAAAGCUCUUGACGAGUAUAAAAAGGACAAGGAAGAAACUACGAAACGAGCAAGACUAUUUGCCGCAAUUCAUAUCUGA